AUGACUGGAACCCAGGGCGACGGCGGUUCAAACCGACGCGACGAAGUGGCCGCACACAUCGGCAGCACAGAGCGCACGCCGUUGCUGAGGCCCAACGGCGACGAGAGCCAUGAUGACGGGCCUGUCAAUGGAAUUCCUUGUGAGAAUGACCCCGGUGUCUCUGGCGACCAAGAGGAGGAGCAGACUGUCCUGGCCAAGGAGGAGUCGUUCGGCAGGCUGGCGCUCAUCAUGGGCACGACUUGGGUCGGCGUGUUCCUUGGUGCAGUGGACUCUACCAUUAUUGCCACGCUGUCUGCACCCAUUGCCAGCGAAUUCAGGUCGCUAAGUCUAAUGUCCUGGCUUGCGACGGCGUAUCUUAUAUCCAACGCCGCGUGCCAGCCUAUUUCCGGCCGCUUGACAGAUAUUUUCGGCCGCGGCCCAGGACUCGUUUUCAGCAAUGUCUUCUUUGCCUUGGGAAACUUGAUAUGCGGGCUAGCUCGUGACGAAAAGAUCAUGAUUCUAGGUCGUGUCGUUGCUGGUAUCGGCGGCGGCGGCCUGAUGAGCAUUUCCACAUUUCUGGGGUCGGACCUGAUCCCGCUGCGCAAUCGAGGCGUUGUUCAGGGAAUUGGCAAUAUUUGCUAUGGCUCCGGUGCCAUGCUAGGAGGUGUCUUUGGCGGCUUGAUCAAUGAUCAUACCAAGCUUGGAUGGCGGCUCGUCUUUUUGAUCCAAGUGCCCCCGGUAUUAUUGUCGGCCGUCGCCGUCCACUUCUUGGUCACGGUGCCGCCCAAGCAGUCUGACAAGUCAUACUUGGCGCGUAUCGACUUUGUCGGUGUCUUCUUAACCUCGUCAUUUCUUGUUUUAUUGCUUUUGGGGCUGAAUUCAGGAGGAAACCAGGUUCCGUGGACACACCCGCUGCCGCUCACAACUAUUCCCCUGUCUACGGUGGCAUUUGGUGGUUUCUUGUGGUGGGAGAGCCGUGCUCGUCAGCCCAUCAUUCCUGUUAGGCUGCUGAUGACUCGGACUGUGCUGGCUGCAUGCUUUACGAACCUCCUUGGCACAAUGGUGGUUCUGACGCUCAUCUUCUAUGUGCCAAUGUACCUGCAGGUGCUGGGUGAAUCCGCCACAAAUGCUGGUCUCAGAAUUUUGCCGUCACCUAUCGGCGUGUCGAUUUCAUCAGUUUUGGCUGGCUACAUUAUGAAGCGAACGGGUCGGUUCGUCACUCUCGGCGUUGCCAGUAUGGUCCUGGUCAGUGCCGGUAUUGUUUUGCUGACGCUCCUGGGCCGCGAUGCCUCUGUCUGGCUUACCAGCCCUGCUUUCUUCCUUGUCGGAGGCGGAUAUGGUGCUAUGCUUACGACGACCCUUCUCGCUUGUAUUGCGGCCGUAGAUCACUCCCAGCAAGCUGUUGUGACCUCUGCGACCUACCUGGCCAGAAGUCUUGGAGGCACGGUUGGAAUCACUGUUGGUUCCGCUGUCUACCAAAACAUUCUCAAGACCCGUCUUUGGGAUCGUUUCGGGGACCAGCCCGACGCCGCAGACGAGAUCCGUCGUAUCAGAGAUGAUCUAGAGGAACUGAGGCACUUGCCUGACGGCUGGUAUGACGGGGUGAUUGAUUCGUUUAUGGAAGCAUUUGGAGCUGUAUGGCUUACCAUGUUGGGGCUAGCUAUUGCGGCUCUGAUUUGUGUUUCUAUGAUGAGACAUCAUACGCUUCACUCAACGUUGGACAGGCGAUAG